UCAGCCCCACCACCAGCAGCACCAGCAGACAGGCUGUAGGAGUGGAUGAUCCGAGCAGGCGGUCUGUCUGUCGGAGGUGAUACCGUCCUUACCAAACACCCGCUUCCGACUUGGUAACAGGAGACGGUGUCCGGAGGCGGAUGUAUUGAUCUGUUGGUUGUAUGGCCCUUUUCCCCAGCGGAUCCUCCAUGCGUCAGCCCAGGGAAUGGACCAGCAGGAAUCCGCUGCGGCGUCUGCGGGGAGUUUCAUCUCCCUGAAUGAACAUGAACAGAGGUAUUACUCAGGUCUACACAGUCUAUGCCAAGCUGACACUUCAGGAAAAUUGUCGUCCGGUAAAGUGGCGGAGCUGUUCAAGGCGUCUCAGCUCCCUCCAGAAUCCCUGCAUAAAGUGACAGAGGUGUGUGGAGCAAAGCGACUGGGUUUCUUUGGUACACCUCAGUUCUACGUGGCCCUGAAGCUCCUCGCCGCCGCCCAGUCAGGUCUGCCUAUCCGCCUGGAGAGCGUCACGGCCAAUCUACCUCUGCCCAGAUUUGUUGGACUGCAGAAUGACCCUGAGAUGCGAUACACCACUGUCCCACCCGGCGUAGAUGGUCAGGGGCUUCCGGCGCCUGGAUCUGCCUCCUGGACCCCAGCAGACAGGACCACCUUUAGACACCUGGAGUCCAGUGUGGACAAAAAAGAAUCUUGGUCCCCGCCGCGUUCACCAUGCAGCUCACCACCCCGCUCUCCAAUGAAUUACCGCAGCUACUCGUACAGCAAGCAGAGAAAUGGAACAGACCCACAGAUGGUCUAUGAAAGCAAACAUCCUUCCCGUCCGAUUGUUCAGCUGGAGCAGCACUCCUCACCCAGUAACUAUGGAACCAAAGCCACUGUGGAGCAUCCUGUUAUUGUUAGGGCUUCUUCAUCAGAUAGGCUCGAUCAUCAGGGUUUGGUGGACUACUCUGAUGAUGACCCCUGGAGGAUCACGGAGGAACAGCUGGAGUAUUACACCAACCAGUUCAAAAGCCUGCAGCCCGACCUCAGCGCCCUCAUCCUCGGAUCUGUUGCCAAGAACUUCUUCACAAAGUCCAAGCUCCCGAUACCAGAACUUUCCCAUAUUUGGGAGUUGAGUGAUGUGGAUAGAGAUGGAGCUCUCACUUUCUCUGAGUUCUGCACAGCCUUUCACUUGAUUGUGGCACGAAAGAAUGGUUACCCUCUGCCAGAAAGCCUUCCUCCAACCCUGAGGCCAGGCUUCAUACAGCAGGAAGCAGACAUCCCAGAUACUCCUGAAAGCGCUGAGCCUCUUAUUGUCUUUGAGGAUGCUGAACUGAGGAGUAGUCAGCUGGAUCAGAACAUUAUAGAGAGGCUUCAGCCAAGCAUAGCAACAACAAAACAAGAUCUAAAAGAGGAAUCCUGUCAACAAGAUACAACCGUGAUGAUGACAACGCCUCAGCAGAAACAGACUCUACGACUUGAUGCUUUCCCUCAGAGACCAGAGCCGCCUCAGGACCUGGACCCACAGCUGAAGACAAAAACUAGACCAAGGUCCUACUCCAGUACUUCUAUUGAAGAUGCCAUGAAGAAGGCUGAGGAGCCGCCCACCCCUCCACCUCGGCCCCAGAAAACCCACUCCAGAGCCUCCUCGCUGGACCUCAACAAGCUCUUCCAGCAGGGAGCGAUAGGGGUGAAAAGUGGAUGGUUGCCCCCUCCUCCUGCCCUCCCUCCUCGACCUACAACCUCACAGGUUUCUCAUUUUGCUCCAGAGAAAACUCCACAGAAUAAGGUGCAGCAGCCAAACUUUGCUGACUUCAGUCACUUUAGAGAAGAGGAGGAGAACAGGGUCAAAGUUGAAGAACAGGGUCCACGUUCCAGAUUUGGACUAAGUACCGAAGACUUGUCAGGCACUUCAAAACAGGACUUAAUUGGAGCAUCUCAUAGUCAAGCUCCACAGAAGCCAGUCCGCAGGAAAUACCACCCAGAACCUCAGAACCUGGAGUCUGUACCUCCACCUGCAAUGUUUCCAUCUCAUACCAAGCCUGCACAAAAAUUGCCAUCCAGACAGAAGAGGGAGAUCCAGAUGGCGAUCCGCAAGAACAAGGAAACCAAUGCAGUGUUGACACGCCUCAACAGCGAGCUUCAACAGCAACUUAAGGUGGUUCACCAGGAGCGGGUCACCUUGGAGUCCCAGUUGGACCUGCUGCGGCCGCUGGCGUCGACGUGACGGAGCCUCAGGUCCAGUUAGAGUCACAUUCCCGGUGCUCCAACGGGACGACUACGCACCAGUACCAGGAACGUUUGACUGCAGAUACACUAAGCUGUUGUUUAUUUGUAAUGAAUUCAGAAUAAAUGAAUAAGGGCUGUGGAACAGGACAAAGGUGCAGAAUAGACUCAACAAAUACUGAUGUGACUUUGAAUCACAUCCUCAUCUUAAUACGUCUUAUGAUAUGUCACAGGACUAAACCAAGUAUUUUAAUCAUCACUGUAUUUUAUGCACAUGUAAAAUAUCCUGGUAGUCAUUGUGGCAUUGUAACUUAUUUUUUUCUUUUGAGUUACUGUAAGUCUUAUCUUGAAUCUUACUGUACAACUAACAGUUUGUACACAUAUCACACUGUUGCUGUUACUGAUGGGAGCUCUGGAUUACGCAGUCCAGUCUAUAUGCAGUUUACAUUAUGUAUGCAGACAGGGCAACAUGUGUAUCCACACAUGGUCUAACGCAAGUGAUGGUGCUACAGAUUAGUUUUGGAAACUCCUUUUUGCACUUAAUGUUAAAAAAAAAUGCACAUUAGCGAUGUUCCACUUAAUUUUAAACAAAAAAAGUUGCAUCAGACAUGAGUUGAAUUUAAUUUCUUGUAUCUGUUCCAACCUGCACACAAGAGUUGAUUGCUGAAGGUCAGUAGCACAUGAGUCUAUUACUGAAGAAUGUUGACAGUUGUGAAAAUUAAUUUGUCAGAAAUAUGUACAUUUUACUUGAACGUUUGCUUAACAUUCAGUUAUAACUGUUUAAAAUGACAAAAAACUUCUUUUAAGUGAAUGUUGCCCAUUUUUUUAAAGGUAAUGUUAAAAGAAAUGUCUACACUGCAUCCAUACUUUGAGUGAAGUGAAGGAACAUGCAUAAAACAUUCCACAAUAGACCUGUGUUAUCGGUUUUAAUCACUUAAUAUUACAUUUCUCCCAUGUUUUACAGGAUCUAUUGUUUCCAGCAGCCCCUGUCUGUAUGAGCAGACUCUGCUCUGCACAUGUGGUGCUGCUGUAGCUUGUUUUAGACCAUUUUUUCCCUUCACAUCUUAACUGUUCAUGAUGGUCAAUUAGGUGGUUGUAUUCCUGGAUGGCAUGCGUGAUGCUGCAUGUUUGAUACAGUGAACUUUGGAGUGAAAAUUAAUCCUAAAACUUUCUUAAAUGCACAAACUGAGCUCUGGGUUGAGGACAGUAAUCUAACUAAUCAAUAAAUUUGUCUAUUUUUUAU